GCAGUGAAUCGUACGUGGACGCUUCCACACACACACACACACAAAAUGUACUAGUUUUAAACGCAACACUCCGCAAGGAGCGCCCGAAGGAUUUUCCUCUACUGGAUAUAACCCGUGGAUGAAAAAGAGAGAACACGACUUCGAAGUUCCGUUCAUCUCCAACAGACUUCAUUAAAUGCGCUCGGAGCAAAGAAGGUCAUACAGAAAGACAGAAGGUGUCCAAGAAAACCAGUGAGGAGAAGGAGAGAGAGGAAAAAAGGAGGAGAGGGAGUGUCUUGUAACACACUGGCUCUAAGGGGUGAGUGUCAGCAGCAACAUGAAGCCCUUCCUCCCUCUGCUGCAGCUGCUGCUCCUCUUCCUCCUAUUGCCACCCUGUGCAUGGGCCAGAAACUGCCCGAAAGACUGUACUUGUUCAAAUCAAGACACCAUUCUUUGUUUUCAGCGGCGGGCUAUAACUAUGCCUUCUGAAGUGCCUAUGGCAACUAAAAACCUCUAUGUCUUCCAGAAUGGCAUUGAGGCCCUGUACCAGGAGGACUUUAUUGGGCUGGAUAACCUGGAAAUGCUAGAUCUAAGUCAGAACAAGCUGACUAAGCUGCCAGAUAAUGUGUUUAAGCCACUCUCUUCCCUACGCAAUUUAGAUCUUUCCUCCAACCAAAUCAUGCACGUUUCCCAAGACAGCUUUGCCGGACUGGAGUUGCUAGAGAGGCUGUAUCUUUAUAACAAUGCCAUAAAAAGUAUCCACCCUGCAGCUUUUGAUGGUCUGGAGCAGCUACUUGAGCUAAAGCUACAGGGAAACCAACUGACCACAAUGCCUGCCCUUAAAAUGCCCCAUUUGCUCCUGCUAGACCUGCGAUUCAAUAAAAUUCCUUCACCAGGACCAAAUGACCUUCAGACACCAAAAUUAGAGUCACUGAAACUGGCUGGGCUGGGGCUGAGCACCCUGAACGAAGAAUUCCUGAGUAGCUUAAAGAACAUCCAUGAGCUGGAUAUUUCUAACAAUCAGCUAAGCACAUUUCCUCCAGUGCUGCAGGAAGCAAGAGGGUUGGUCAUACUCAGUUUGGCUGGAAAUCCCAUGGGUCCUUUGAAGUGGGAAGACAUUGAGAAUCUGACAGAGCUUCAGGAGUUAGAUAUUAGCAACCUCAGCCUGCAGACCUUGCCUGAGAGCAUGACCCAGCUCUUCCCUCAUCUGAAAAAACUUACUGUUGCAGAGAAUCCCUUUAACUGCCUCUGCAUGUUGGCUUGGUUUCCUAGAUGGCUACAUAACCAAGAAAUAGUGUUGGGAAGAACAGAGGAGACUCGAUGUCAUUUUCCACCACGGAAUGCAGGAAAGGUGUUGCAAAGACUGGGACAUCAUGAUUUCGGGUGCCCUACAACCACCACAAUCACUACCAGCACGAUUAAGACCACCACUCUGGCCCACUCUCUAAUCACCUCUUUGCAGAGUACAACACAUAUCAUUCCCCUUCUCAAACCCAGUGAUGACCCUUCUACAGAGACUGACAGUUAUCUUCCACCUCUAGUCCCAGCUUCAACCAGUAGCAGUACAGACCCUGAUUUGAGGACGAGUUUUUGUCCAUCUAACAUCUGCCUAAAUGGUGGCACAUGUUGGCUAGACAAUCAGGGUUACCUUGAGUGCACUUGUCCACGUGGGACGUCAGGGAGAUAUUGUGAGAAUGGAGAGAACACACCUCUAUUUGAGGAUGUUCCCACAGCAACAGUCACUGUGGUGCCUGAAAUCACUGCACAAAUAGUAACAAGCUCAUCUAUAUUACUGGACCUUCAUCGCUACAUCGAGGUUCGGCCAUUCAUCCGUGGAGUCAAGCUAACUUACAGAAACCUCUCAGGAUUAGAUAAACGUCCCAAGCAACUGAAUAUUCCAGCCUCUUACCCUGAAUACACUCUGCGUGGACUUCAUCCUAAUUCCACAUACUCAGUGUGUGCCAGUCCCUUGGGUGAGCCCAGUGAUGUAGAUAGUGUGUGCACAGAGGCUCAGACAUCCAGUCACCAGCCCCCUAGCGCACAAGUGGAAGAUCCAAAGUUGACAACAAUGCUUGUGCCAGCUAUGGCUAUUCUUCUUCUGUUAGUGCUAGUAGCUGUUGCUGUUAGUGUAGCUUGCUACAUGCACAGGAAAAAGGCACAUCUAGACUUAGAUUGUAGUCCUUCUCAGCUGGAACUGGAGGGGGUUAAAGCAGGUUUGGACACUGGGGCCCUGCCCCAAAAGCAGCAGGAGAUUAUGUCCUCUCCAUCUGCAGUGCAGAAUGGUGGUUUGGACUAUGAGGUUCCACUUAUGCAAGAUCACUGCACUGCCAACAACAACAUGAACACUUUAAAGCCAUCUUACUUUUGAUAUUUGGGGCUCUUUUCAAGAUCUUUGCAUUCUAAAGCAUGAACUCUCUCUUCAGUUAAAAAAGGCCUAGAUGGGGGGACCAACCAGCAAGUCUAGAGGUCCAGAGCCAAAUUCCGCAAUGUUAUCAAUGUUAUUACUUUUUUUUUAAAUGGUUCCCCUUAAUUACAUUCAGUCGUAGCACCAUGUGCUUUUGUCCCCAGUUAUGUAGCAUAACACAGUCUGCACUGGGAAGCCUCUGAUGGAUAUGGUCAGAGUUUACAAGAUCCAGAAGUGCCUGCCAGAAGAACAGGUAUUUAGAUUUCACAUUGUUUGUGACUCUAGAUUCAUUAUGCAGUUUCACAUUAGACACACUAAAACUGUUGUUCCCAUUAAUGCCUGAACCAUUGAGGCAAUAUUUUGCUUUAUAGCACCUAUUGCAACUCGAGAGGAGUUGUACUUGCUGUGAACACUAUCCAAUAUCUGCAUUGGAAAAUGAAGAUGAGGACUUCUUCAGUCAGUUAAAGACUGAUGCUUGUGUUGCUUUUGUCUGUGAUACAUGAAGUCAACACGUAUGCGAAUUUGUAUAUUUUGUAUCUUUAUUACUGUUUUGUUUUUUGUUUGUUGUCUAUAAAUACAUGACUGUUGUCAGGCCCAUUUUCAGCUCUCGUGACAAAGAAGCAGACAAAAAAGCAUAAAAUCUUUGAAGACUAAAAUUGUUUGUACCACCAAGUCAAUCAAAGGCUUUACUUUGCAAAUGUCAGACAGCCUAAGUAGCUGAAAGUCUGUGCUGAGUUGAAAUUAUAUCCCCCUCCUUUGAUUCUUUAGCCUAUAGUCCCCAUGCCCCACAAAGGAGUUUCAGAUAAGCAGGAUUACUGAAAUUAAAAAGAUAAACAGUUGGCUGAAAUCCCCAUCUGUAAAUGGUACGUUCAUAAAAUUUUUACAACCAUACAUAAAACAAACCAAGAAACUUUGCCUUAAACUUUAACGAUAGUGUUUAUGUUCUAGAUUUUCCAUGCUACGGCAGUGAGUAUUACAGUAAACUAUACUUUCCCAGAGGCAAAAUUAGCUGCUGUACUGUUAACUAGCUGCUUAGCCAAAACAUUUCUUAGAGUCAGAGUAUGCAAGAUGGCAUAUGAGAAUUUGCACAUACGUGGUAUAUAAAGCAGUAAAACCAUUUCAGUCAACAGGUGCCAAACAAAUGCAGUCAGUAUAUGUAACGGCAGUUACAAGUUCACACAGCACAUUAAAAAAGAAAAAAAAAAACAACAA